GGGUCUCCUUGCCUUGCGAGUUACUGUUGGUACGUCAUUGGCUCUGUUUUCCAGCAGCCGAGUUGGCAGUGUUUACCUCUCUCGUCCCGUGUAAUUCAUUACUCGAUGCGGACAGACAGGCAGACCCCCAACGAGGGGACCUAGGUUUGGAUGUGGGCGCACGCCACGACGCAGGUCUUGGUCCUCUUCACCUACUCGGCCAGCCAGCCACCUAUUCACCUAUCAACAUCAACUUGUCGACUCACCAUGAUGGGUCGUGACUCGGAUCGACUGUAACUCUAAAUCCUAUAAGAACAACCAUCCACCCCCGUCUUCCCUACCUUAGCUUUGUUACCUCUUGCUUGUAGGCCUCCAUCCAUAAACACCCUCUCAUGCCCGGUCUCGGCCUCCUUCUGCUACACCUAUACGACCCAUACCUUGGAACGACCUCCUAGCCUAGGUACUUUCACCAUGACCUCUCUCACUCCCCGUCCUCCCUACACGGACGAUGAGCUCAAGAAGCUCUACCCACCCAGUCUCCAACUCCAACAGGUCCAGAUCCUCAUGCGCCAUGGCGAACGUACCCCGGUAACCGCCCGCUUCCAGAACGCCGGUCUCAAGCCCUUCUGGCCCUACUGCGCCAGCGUCCGCCAGCUGAGGUCGAUAAUGCUCGACUACAACGGCGAGAACAGACCCAAGGACCUGGCAAUGCCAACAACAACAACCGGAAAGCCCUCCUUCCACACGGUCGAAUGGAAGCGCCGUCUCGAGACCUUUGGCCACAAGGAUGAGCCCGUGGUAGCCAAGGGGCCCGGCCACGAAAUCGACGAUAUUUGCGACUUUGGCGCCCUGACGGACCUAGGCCGCCAGUCCACCUCGCGCCUCGGCAUGCGCCUCCGCAAGCUCUACGUCGACCGGCUCGGCUUUUUGCCCGAAACCAUCAGCUCCACCGACGACUUCUACCUGCGGUCGACUAACGUGCCCCGCGCGCUCGAGUCCAUGCACCAGGCCUUCCAGGCCUUGUACCCGCCCUCCACGCGCGAAGCCGAUCCGGAGACGGGCAAGUUUCCCGUACCCACCGUGCUGACCCGGGGCCCGGGAGACGAGACGCUCUACCCCAACGACGGCAACUGCCGCCGGUUUGCGGCGCUCUCGCGGGCGUUCGCCCAGCGCGCGGCAGACAGGUGGAACACCUCCGACGAGAUGGAGUACCUGAACAAAGUCUACGGCAAGUGGAUGCCGGCUAACAGCCCGCGCGUUGCCGUCGACUCGAGGCCGCGUCUGUCGGGCAUCAUGGACACCGUGAACGCCAGUCUGGCGCAUGGUCCGGAAACGCGGCUGCCGGAGGACUUUUAUGACCACAAGGCCCGCAAGCUCCUGGAGAGAAUUGCCAGUGAUGAGUGGUUCGCGGGUUUCAACGAGUCGCGCGAGUAUCGCAUGUUGGGAAUCGGUGGGCUGUUGGGCGACAUCGUUGAGCGGAUGGUCAGCCGCGCUGAGCACACACAUUCUUCACAUCCCGUCAACACCGAAUCAGCCACCUCGGACCCCUCAGGCCCUGGCAUCAAGUUCGGUCUGUCGGGGUGCCACGACACCACGUUGGCGGGAAUGCUCUCCAGCCUAGGCGCGUACGACAGCAGCAGCUGGCCUCCGUUUACUAGCCACAUUGCUAUCGAGUUAUUCCGUAAGGCGGAUAGUACUAGCUCUCCUGCAGACCAAAUUUCUGCAGUAACACCCCCCGCCAAGCGUGGCUGGUGGGAGUCCAUGUUCCCCGGCAGCGCUGGUCGGAAUAAGAACCCUCUGGGGCCGGGCAUCGGCAGGAAAUCCUCCGAGUACCUGACCUCGUCCGAAAAAUCCAAGCUGGACGGCUACUACGUUCGCAUGCGGUACAACGACGAGCCGGUGACGAUUCCGGGGUGCAAGACGCCUGGGAACCAUUUGGAGGGGGACGACUCGUUUUGCACUUUGUCCGCCUUCAAAUCAAUAGUCGACAAAUUCACUCCCCAAGAUUGGAAGCAGCAGUGCCGAAUGAACUUGGGCCAGCCGGCUACGCCUCCUAGUGGUGAGCCGGAGUGGGCUGGACAUCCUUGAAUGUGAGUGAGUGAGUCCUUUGAGCGGAGGAAGGGAGGGAUAUAGAAAUAGAGAAGAAGAAAGAGACUUUUCGACAUUACAAAAGAUCUCCUACCUAACUAGAGGAGGUACCCAAAACAGUUACAAGUCUUGGGGGAUCUCACCACGGGUUGGUUAGGUACUGCUUAGAACUUUCCCUGAUAGUUAGAGGGGAAAUAGCGUCGUCGACCAGAAGAUUUAAGAAGAAGAAAACAGAACCAAAACCAACGAGCAAUCGGUAAAGAAUAGUAAUGAUAAUUAUAAUGGACCUUUUGCAGAAGGGAAAAAAAAAAAAAAAAAAAAAAA